GCUUAAACGAUCGUACCUUAGGAGAUCUGUCCCCUUCCGAAAAGAAGUGUGGUCCAACAUCCAUUCUAGAAAAGGUUUACAACCACUCAGAAAAGUGAUGCUAGAAGAAGCAGUUAAGAAGAUAGUGGGAAAGAGCUCUCAUAGGAUUGUGAAGUCAGCUAGACAAAGUAACUACAGUAUAGAGAAUUCACUGUCUCCAGAUAACCCUGUUCCAGAUAAGAUGUUUGAACAGAAACAUUCUGAAAGUAGUGAUCAGAGAAUACUUCAUACUUGGCAUAAGAAGCGGCGAGGAAAGAGUGUGAUAGAAUUCCCAGGUUCCUGUACAGAACCUGAAGUAUCUAAUGCCAAGAAGAUCCCUGAUAAGAGGAAGAUAUCAUCCGAAAACCUUGGGAUGGAAUACAUGGAAUAUGCAGUGACUGUCACAUCGUACUGGGAUGAGGAAUUUAUGCAGAAAUUCAGCACUAAGAACUACUUGCUGGAAAUACAGUGCCAGCUGCAGGACAUCUACUGCAAAAGAAAGCUGUUUGCAAGUCUUGGGAGAGAGAGGCUAUUGGAGAUGAAUAUGGAGGCCCCUCUAGUGCAACUUGACAAGCCAUUGUCAGCUGAGCGGACACAGACAUCUUGGUUGCCUGCAGUAAGUGACAGCUCCUCUCUGACUUUCUCACCCCCAAUCCCACUGCCCACCCCAAUUUUAGAUCCACUACAGUAUCUCAGGAAGGUUUUUCCCAAAGUUGAAGCUGAAAACCCACAUCAGCUUCGAAAGGAAAAUAUUCCCCCUGCAAAGCAUUUGGAUGUUGGUCCUAGACAGCAGGCACAUGACAACUUCCAGCAGCAUGGCCAAGACCGUAGAACAUCAGCUUCCCUUGAGCUUCAUUCUACACUCCCUUUGUUGCCUGAACAUACACUGAAACAUGGCACUAUUGAUCCCAGUGCAUCAGACGAGAUGUACAGGGUUGUGAGUCUGUAUGUCCCAUGCAAAUUCUCACUCUCCAUGGACACAGCUGAUGUGAACUUCAAGUACUAUCCCCACACAUUCUGAAAAGUACAUAUGUUGGCUGGAUGGAGGUUGUGAUCCAUGCAAAGAUAUACAUAAUGUACUUGUGCAGCAGCUAUUAGUUACAUGAAUGCACUGUAUAUAUAGACAUAUGGCAGUCACUUUACUAUUGGUGAUGAAGAAGCUCAAAGUGUAAUUACAAUGAAUUCGAUUUGUUUCAUUUUUUGGUCCGUCACACUAACAGUUACAAUUAUAAAAGACA